CUGAGAAACGAAGGGACUGGAGAGAGGGAGACUGGGAUGCAGAGAUUAAAUAAAAGAAAAAGUGUACAUUCUUGAAGAAUCAGUCAGCCCCAACACACCUCGAAGGACGUGUAAAUAAGUGUAGGAGGGCGAGGAAUUAUAAAAAGGAAAAGUUUUUUGGGGAAAGACACAAUUUGGCCAGAGGUUCUUCUCAUAUAGGGAUACCCAAGGUGACUAUGGAAUGGAUGGUAUAAUGAAAAAAACAUACCGGGACGGUGGGGAGGUCUCUGGGAGAACCUACACAGAAACAGUAACGUCCUCAUCAUCGAGACUUGUGUCAUUGCCACCAAAGGGGGCAAACUCUAGCGGAUCCAAAAUUUCCUCCCAGGGUGGAGGGGGUGGAGUGGAAAAAAAGACCAUAGUUCAAAGCAGCAGCACUUAUGUUUCUUCAGCAGGAGGAGGUUCAAGACUGAACAGCACAUCCGGCUCCAAAUAUCCCCAUUCCCCAAGUUCCACGCUCUCCAUUUCCCCCAACUCAACCUUUGAAAGGAAAGCCUACGUCUCCUCCACAACUCGCCAAGGAGCAUAUGAAGGAAGCUCCAGUGGUAAUUCUUCACCAGAAUACGCUAGAAAAGAAAUGGCAUCUUCCUCAAGCAGAGGGCGCGCACAGAGCAGGGAGACCGAAAUCCGUACUCGGCUCCAGAGUGCCUCUCCCUCCACCAGGUGGACAGAACUUGACGAUGUGAAGAAGUUAUUAAAACGUUCCACCAGCGUCAGUCCCACUAGAUCCCCAACUAAUACUCUCCCCAUUCCUAAAAAAGCCACAGUGGAAACCAAGAUCGUCACAGAAAGUUCCCAGUCAGUUGCAGGUUCCUAUGACACCACCAUCCUGGAUUCUGCUCUCCCAUCUUACAUGUGGACUUCCACACUUCCAGCGGGAUCCUCAAUGGGAGGUUACCAAAACAAUAUGGGCUUCAGUUCUUCUAUGCUGAAUGCUGCCUCCACGGGAUCAGUGUUUGGAGUUCCCAAUAACCUGGCUCCUAGCUCUCCCUCACUAAAUUCUGGGUAUACCUCAUCCUCUGCAGUAUUCGGUGUUCAGAACAACCUCACCCCAAUGCCAGCACCAGGCCCUAUUGUUAGCAGUGUGGCAGCAUCCACUGCCUCAGGAUACGGUGUGCAGAAAAAUGUCACGCACAGCUCAGGUGGACAUGGAAGCACUGUGACAACUUCAGCUGUUACUAGCACUAAAACCCAAGGUGAUGAUAUCCUGGGCAAGGACUACAAGUUCCUCCUGCUGGAGAAAGAAAAGGGCCCUAGCAAAAAGGAAGGAGACGUGCUCAUUAUGUCUAAGGACACCGGCAAAGUGUUUACAGCUUCCAAUGGAGGAGUUUCAGGCACCUAUGAAGAGGAUUCAUUAAAAAAAGAAAAACAGUGUUUUACCAGUACAGAGGCCUCCUACAAAACUGAAGCUAAUGGAGGAUUGAAAGUUAGAAAGGACAAAGCCACUUAUGCAGAGAUACAACGAGUUGAUGGCCAGAAAGCUGCUGCCACUUACCAAGAUGGAGGAGAAGGAGGUGGAGGUACAGACGCUGUCUGCGGCCCAUGUGCCUCCUGCUGCAAGUGGUGGAUGUGGGCACUGGGUUUGCUCCUUGGGUUACUUUUCCUCCUUGGACUACUUUUUGGACUCUUAUCUCUAUGGCAAGAUGUGAAGAACCUGACUACUCGUGUGAAGACUCUAGAGGAGAGUCAGCCCAACAGUAAAGUGGUAGCUGAGUACCUCCAGGCCAAUAGAAUAAAUGCAGUAGGCAGUGCGCCCGGUGCCUCUUCAGCGGACAUUGAUUUAUCCAGCAACACCUUAGGGGUUGGAGCUGGAUUUACAGAUCAGAAUAAAGAAGCUUUCUGGGAUUACAUGAAAAGGAGAAUGCAGCAAGAAAGAGGAGUUUUCAUUGGAGAAAAGGGAGAGUCAGGCCAAAAAGGUGACAUGGGAAUGCAAGGGGAAAGAGGUGAACGAGGUUACGCUGGACCCCAAGGUGCACCAGGUCUCAUUGGCCACACUGGAGCUGAAGGGCCAAAAGGACAGAAAGGCAAUGCUGGUGACACUGGCGUGGAAGGCCCGUCUGGGCAAAGAGGAAGAGAAGGGUUACCUGGACCUCGUGGUGAUCCUGGUCCACCAGGAACUGGAGAAAAAGGGGACAGAGGCAUAGCAGGUGAACCAGGACAAUCAGGACAGCCAGGCUUGCCAGGUCAAAUAGGACUUAAAGGUGCUAUGGGUCUUCAGGGUUCCCCAGGAGUUCCAGGAACACCCGGAAUUCAAGGUUUCCGAGGCGAAGCAGGGUUGCCAGGACCUAAAGGUGACAAAGGAGGAGUUGGACCCCCUGGAGUUAAAGGCGACCAAGGUGAAAAGGGAUCUCGAGGCCUUACAGGGGAACCUGGACCAAGAGGGUUACCAGGUCCUACUGGGGAGCCCGGCCCUAAAGGAUCAUCAGGUUCACAAGGCCCAGAUGGAAUCCAAGGUCAAAGAGGUGAACAAGGACUUCUUGGCCUACCAGGACCAAGAGGACCCCCUGGUUCCUCAGGAGACCCCGGCCUUCCAGGACUUCCUGGAGCACAAGGCCCACCAGGACCCCCAGGCACACCAGGCAGAGGAGGACCUAAAGGUGAUCCUGGCGAUCCCGGCAGAGUUAUUGCUCAAGAGGGUAAUACAUAUUCAAUUCCUGGACCUCCUGGACCAGCAGGACCUAUUGGACCACCAGGAUCACCAGGUGUACCAGGUCCAGUUGGGCCAGCCGGUCUCCCAGGACAGCCAGGUGUAAAAGGAGCUCAGGGAGAUCAAGGAGAUCCAGGCGUUUCAAUCUCCAGGCAAGAAAGUUCAGCUGCACAACAAACACUUCCAGGACCCCCAGGUCCUCCUGGUCCCCCUGGUUCUCCCGGCAUACCUGGUGUUGCAGGUCCUUCAAUACAAGGGCCACCAGGACAAGCAGGCGUGCAAGGUCCCCCAGGACCCCCUGGGCCUCAAGGCUUGGCAGGAGAUGGAAAAGAAGGUCCACCGGGUCCACCAGGUCCACAAGGUCCUCCAGGUCUUCCUGGAUCAUUUGUUCCAACAUCAGAAACCUUUUUCGCUGGUCCACCUGGUCCUCCUGGUCCUCCUGGGCUGCCAGGAUCUACUGGAGAGCCAGGUAUUCCCGGUGAUCCAGGUCAACCAGGCCUUCCAGGGGCCCCAGGUCGUGAUGGUCCUGUUGCUGUUGGGCCUCCAGGAAGUCCAGGGUCACCAGGAUUUCCAGGACAACCUGGGCCACAAGGAGAAAGAGGUGAAGCUGGUAUCCCAGGUGCUCCUGGCAUCCCAGGAAGUUCACGAGGACCUCCUGGCGGUGGAAGACCUGGACAAGGACUCCCUGGCCCUCCUGGUCCUCCUGGUCCCCCUGGUCCACCAGGCUCUUCUGAUAGCAGUGGGCGAGUUGCUGAAGAAGUCCAGCAAUAUAUUGCUCAGUAUCUUCAAAGUGAAAAUGUCAGAACUUACUUGAUUGGACCUCAAGGACCUCCAGGGCCUAAGGGAGACAGUGGGCAAGAUGUAGACUAUGCUGAAUUGGCCAGCCGUGUCAUGAGCUACAUUCGAGGAUCUGGCCUUACUUCAUCGGACGGCGGGCAAGGAUUUGUCGGUCCAAGGGUCACCUAUGAUGAAAUCCUCUCAGUGUUAAGGAGCUCUGGAUUACAGAUUGGUGUUCCUGGGCCUCCAGGUCCACCAGGCCAACCAGGAUUGCCAGGAUCUGGUUAUGGCGAUAUAACAGCUUUGCUUGAAAAUUCUGAGUUCAGAGGAAUUGUUGGCCCACCUGGGCCACCAGGCCAACCAGGACGUCCAGGUCGUGUUGGUUCACCAGGUCCACCUGGGCCUAUGGGACCGCCAGGAAAUCCUGAAACAAGCAGAACUAGUUUUGGUGUAGAAGAAAUUUCAUCAUAUUUGCAAAGUGUUGGAUACAUUUCAGGACCUCCAGGACCACCAGGUCCCCCAGGACCACCGGGAUCGCCGGGAUCACCUGGUGGUGGGGGCGGCUUGGUUUCUUAUGCCGAGAAUGCCUACAGUAGUGAUCGCUUACGGACUGAGCUUAUUGAAUACCUGACAAGUGACAAUAUACGUAGAUAUAUCAGUGGACCAGCAGGUCCGCCAGGCCCUCCUGGACCCCAAGGAUUGCGUGGACCAAAGGGAGAUAGUGGCAUCAUUUCCCCAUCAUCUGGGUCUUCACUCUCAUCCGGUUACUCAAUCUCUUCUGGAUCAUCCCAGUCAUCUGGAAGUUCUUUUGGCUCAUCCUCAGAUUCAUCCUUCCUGCUGGAUUAUGAUGAAGUCGCAAAUCGUGUGACAGAAAAAAUCCAGAGUCAAGGACUUCUUGCGGAGGUGUCAUACAACAUUGCAAGAGGCAAUGUUGCAGGACCCCAAGGACCUCCAGGACCUCAAGGACCACCUGGAAUCUGCCAAGUAUAUGCAACCCAUGCAAACAUAACUACUGAUCUCAUGGAACUUUUCAGAGCUCAUGGCACAAUUCAGGGACCCCCUGGUCUUACAGGACAGAAAGGUGAAAGAGGAUUCCCAGGAGCCAAAGGUGACAGAGGACCAACAGGAUAUACUGGUGAGCCAGGACCAAUAGGGCACAAAGGGGAGAAAGGGGACACAUUUUACGUGGGAAAGCGCAAAAGAAGAAGCGUCGGUGUUUGACAUGAAACCCCCAUUAAUUCCAAAGACUCUUUUGCUUCACGUCAUUGUAGCCUUUGAGAUGUACAAGGAGCACCUCGCUCACUGCCCCACAGGCCUGUAAAUAGAAGCCGGCGGCCAAUGCUCACCAACAUUUGAAGCAUCAGACAAUAAUUUAUGUUCGCUUGUAUUGAUUCUUGUUGUACUGAAUUUGCAGCCCUGCUAUUAAAUAUGUGAACUAAGCAUUUCAACAUUGCCUUUACCAACCAACACAUGUAAAUAAUAUUAUAAUUUAGAAACAACUGACAAAGUAUUCUUUGAAAUGUAUUUUUAGGUGCUUUUUUGGGCUGUAUACUAUUAAACCCCAGGGCCAUUUAUACAAUUUUAGGUCUUUAGCAGCAACAAGGGGAGAAGAAAAGUGCACAUCAGGCCCCCUAGACAUGUAUGCUGGAAUAUUACCCCACAAAGGCCCCAUUAGAACACUAGUACACUAUUAGAUCUGCAUCUAUUGGUACUGCUGCCUGAUAUGUCUAUAAAGUAAGUGUAACUAUAAUACCAUUGAACUAGGUGGGCUAUAGUUUAAAAUUUAAAAUACCCUCCUUCCUUUUCUGAUGAGAGCGUGCUUCACUCUUCCCUAGCGUUGAGCUUCAGAAGGCAGGCCACACCAAACAACAGUAAAUGGGACAUAUGCUUAUUGUUUAGAGGGGAAAAUGGGCUUGCAAGGCCUCAAAAUGCUUUCAACCAGGUCCGGACUGGCAAAGGCCCUGGCAAUCCAAGUACACAGAGGCCCAAACAGCCCCCCCAGCCCAAUAAAUAGUGACUGUCUAUGGCAUCUUACAGCAGCCCCUCUGGCAUUUGCCAGAAUCCAUAAAUUGCCAGUCCGGACCUGGUUUCGACUGACCACCGACCACCAUCUAGCUGGAAAAAGAAUUUUCUACUAGUUUCUACAUUAGUACCUGGCCUAAAUAAUGUUUUGUUUGAGUCGUCCUUUUUUUCAACAUUGUACAUUUUAAAUAUAUUGAUAUUUUUAAAAUAAUUUACUGUUGUCUGUAGGCGUUUCUUGUUUGUUUAAUUAAUAUUUUGAAUUAAAAAAAACCCUUUACAAUA